GCGGAACCUCUGACGUGUCAAACUGUCGCCAUUUUCCUGAGGAAGGAAACGCCUUGAAGAAGGAAGGAAGCAGGUCCACUCUGUUAUUUUUUUUCCUUUUUGCCAAAGUAGCUUCCCAUCACCAGCCGACAUGGGGAUUUCGUUUUCAUCAAUCUUUAUGGGUCUGUUCGGGAAAAAGGAGAUGAGGAUUCUUAUGGUGGGUCUGGACGCUGCUGGAAAGACGACUAUUUUGUACAAGCUGAAACUUGGAGAGAUUGUCACUACCAUUCCCACAAUAGGGUUUAAUGUUGAGACAGUAGAGUACAAGAACAUCAGUUUCACAGUAUGGGAUGUUGGCGGUCAAGACAAAAUUCGACCGCUGUGGCGUCAUUACUUCCAGAACACACAGGGUCUCAUUUUUGUUGUGGACAGCAACGACAGAGAGCGAUGUCAGGAGGCUCGUGACGAGCUUGCAAGAAUGUUAUCGGAGGACGAGUUGCGUGACGCUGUGCUAUUGGUGUUUGCCAACAAACAAGACCUCCCGAACGCAAUGAACGCAGCAGAACUCACAGACAAGUUAGAUCUGCACCACCUAAAAAACAGAAACUGGUACAUGCAGGCAACCUGUGCCACCAAUGGGGAAGGCCUCUACGAAGGACUGGAUUGGUUGUCUAAUAAUCUGAAGAACCAUUAAAAAUCACCUGCUAUCCACAACUUAUCAACUCCACCCAAUCUCCGACUUGUUCUCUAUUCUUAAGGUGUUCCAAAAGUGAGUUACCCUCUUCAACAACAACAAAAAUAACAUACUGGAAGCUGCCCUCAUCUAAGCUGUCAUUGUCACAAACAUACAGGCAGUGGGGGUGAUGUAUUCUUGUAAAGCUGUCGGGUUUUAUUAUAUUAUUUUAUGUAACUGUAAAUAUAUAUUGGUAAUGGGGCAGCUUAUUGCACUCUUACAAAUCCUACCGUGGUUAUUUCUCUUUCUGGCUGUUGGGCAGCCAUGUGUGCAUUGAAUAAGACAAAAAGGGAGUCGAGGAAUUUACCAGCACAUUUGCCCUGGACCUCAAUGCAAUCUGUGUCAUUAUCCGGUCACGUGUACUGUAGGGAGUGAUCCAUGACGGGCUUUUCAUUUACAAAAACUGAAUAAAACAUUGAUGCACUACUUGCAGCUACUGUUGUUACUUUAACCAGUGACUACAUGUACCAGCCCCCCAAUUUACCAUUUAGUAGACACUGGUAUUGCCUAUUUGUACUGACAUCACUUUGUCCAAGUUUAGAACUCCUGUCUGUGAACACUUACCAGCCUUUGUUAUGCAGUAUGUUUGCUUGAAUCGUGUAAUGCUGCAACAACCUCACAUCUACCUGCUUUGUGGUUGUUUGAAAGGCAGUCUGUUGAGUCAGCAUUGGGUUUUUGUAUUUCUGAGUCUCAGGUUUAUCAUGUGCUGCCUUUGCAAUAUACUUGUUAGCAAAGCUGCAUGAUGUAUCUGUUGGCCGUUAGGGACAUGCAUAUUUACUGGUUGUUUACAUCAUUAGGCUUCACAGGAACAAUUACCCCACUGAGUACUUAUAUUCAACAGCCAUAUACUUUGACUCGUAUGUGUGCGCACGUGAGUGUUAGGUAAUUGUAACAAAAGGAGUUGCACACUACAUUGGCCCUAUUGUUUUCACUAAAGGCUCAAGCAAGUCCUGCCUCUUUUUAUUCAGAGUUAUCCAGUCUGGGAAAUGGCGUUUUAAUGGCAAUACAAAAUCAGUUUCAGCUACAUGUUUAACGUAGUGCCAGUAUUUCUUCCUUUGCAGCACAUUGUGCUUGGGCUAAACGGGAAGCCAUACACAUGCCUUCUUAUCCAAGACACAUGUUGCCUUUUUAUUUUCAAGCUUCUUUUCUAAAAGGUGUGGGUGUUACUUUUACUACUCUGAACAUGUCUUGAGGGUGCGUCAAACAUUUUAUUUUGAUUAAUAACUGCCUAAAUAUUUGAAAACUAUGUUAAUCUCUUACUCAAGUUUGUCUGUUUUUUAUGUAAAGCUUUUUGUUUCCUGAGGAAAAAGCAUUGUAAUUAAAGUGACUGGAUAAAAAAUGUUUCUGCAACUGAUUUUCAUUCUCACACUCUAUGCAAUAAAGCUGCUGAAUGUUAA